GCUUUUAUAAAAAUUGAAAUGAAAUUAUUACUUUUCUGAGUACUAAUUGCAGCUGGGUUAGGAUGAAAGUUAAGAAAUUAUGUAAAUACUGCUAAAUGAAUAUCAUCUUCUGAAGUAAUCACUCAGCUGUCAUUCUGUGGCUCUGAUGUUUCUGGAGAUAUAUGUGUACCCCUGGAGCAUCCUCUCUGGCCAGAAUGGACAAUAGAGAAAAUGGACUUUGAAGUUCACAAAUUCGUAGCCUUAGGUGCUGAAGGUCGAAUCAAAGAUGAGCUUAGCACGAGCCCGACUUUUACAGGCCUUCAAUUUACAAGCAAUUAUAAAUGAAUCAGAGAAUACAGAAAAUUUGCAUGAACAAUUAACUUCCCUCCAUGAGACAAACAAGAAGAUUCAACUCUUGACUUUGAUGAAUCAUACUGAUCUGGGUUUGCUAGUGAGUGAGGGAUUUCUGACCUAAAUUGAGCUCAGCUCCAAUAGCCCAAAACAUUCAAUAUCCACCAU